AUUUCGAGGAAUCGAGAAAAUGGGGAAUUCGUGCGUACGUUCAACGCGUCGAGCCGUCCCGUGCCGACCGCUCUUGGUAAAAUUGGCACGUUAUCCUCUCCUUCCUCUGCUUCAUCGUUCCCAAAUCCCUAAUCCACUUCCGCUCUCUCCGACCUCCAAACCCUAAUUAACCUCUUCUUCCAUGGCGUACCGGCCGCUCGAAAUCACUCUGAUCUCCGCCAAGGGCCUCAAGGAUGUCAACCUCAUCACCAAGAUGGCCGUUUACGCUAUCGUCUCCCUCUCCUCUGACUCACGCGCGCGGCUGCGCACUCCGCCGGACCGCGAGGGCGGCCGCCACCCCACCUGGAACUCCACUCUCCGCUUCACCGUCCCCGCCGACGCCGAUCUCGCCCGCACGGACUUCUUCCGCAUCCUCCUGCGCACCGAGCGCGCCCUCGGCGACCGCGACGUCGGCGAGGUCCGCGUCCCUCUCUCGGAGCUGCUCUCGGGCGCUGGCGACGGCCCGCGGCCAGUCCAGUUUCUCAGCUACCAGGUCCGGAAGACGACCUCCGGAAAACCCAAGGGCGUUCUCAACUUCUCCUAUAAGCUCGGCGAGCGCAUCGGGGCGCCGGCGGCCCCCGCACCGCCGACCGGAUAUCCACCGCAGACCACCACCUAUCCGCAUCCUCCUCAGCCCGCACCGAAGGCUGAUGAGCCCGUGAUGGCGUACCCUGUAGGGACGAGCUACGGAGCGUAUCCGCCCCCGUAUCCACCGCCCGUGGGGUACCAGCAGCCGCAUCCGUACGGGCAGCAGCGGCCGUACGGGCAACCGCCGGCGGGGUACGGGUAUGGGACGGCGCAGCCUCAACCGCCGAGGAAGAACAGGAUGGGGUUGGGAUUGGGGGCGGGGUUGCUUGGAGGCGCACUCGGAGGGCUUCUGAUCGGAGACAUGGUCUCCGAUGCUGCGGCCUACGACACCGGCUACGACGCGGGAUUUGACGACGGCGGUAGCUUUGAUUUCUAGAACUGUCUGCUGCGAUGUUUCUUUCUACGCUUUAUUAGCAGACGUCCAGCGGCUGCAGAAAUAUCUGUGAAAAUUAUAAUUAUGUUGUUUCUAUAUUGUAAAUUUUAUUA